AUGCGAGGAACAGCUCUGGGAGUUUUGCUGCGAGCAUCUCUGCUGGCGCUGCUGGUUGACGGAAGCAAAGAUGGAGUUUACGUGAAGUCUCUGCAGCGGGUCUCUCUUAUGGAUCGGCCCAGUGGAUACCACUUGCCCACAUAUAUGAUGCAGCUGUACAAGAAUUUUAAGUCCAACUUCUCCAGGGUUGUGGAUGCUCUGGAGAUGGAUGCAGAGAUGGAGGCUGAUACAGUGAGGAGUGUGAUGGCCAGAGGUUUGGUGUACAGACAGCGACGCUGGUUGGUGACCUUUGACCUACAAGCCCUGUUGACUGACCAGCAGAUCCAAGCGGCUGAACUUAGGAUUCGUGUUCCUGUGGCUCCAGGGGCUUCAAACAUCUCAGUGUUGGUGUACCACCAGCACGGCCCAGUGUGUCUCUCGCCAAAGCGUUGCCCAAAACAGCAGCUGGUGGGUCUGCUGACUGAGUCGUCUAUGGUAACUUCAUCGCACAAGUGGAGAGUGUUCAACAUCACCGCCCCGCUGCUGAAGUGGCUGAGAGAGUCGUCCAUGACCCAACAUGAGAGCACCUCACGGAGAAGAAGCAAGAAAAGAGGCCCGUCACCACCAAAUCAACCAGUCCACGUGGCCAGCGCCCGGAAAGAGAAGGAGGCUGGUGAGAAGGCAUUGUUGGUCAUCUUCUCCAACACCGGCGCUGAUCAGAGCUCGAAAGCCAAAGCCAGUUUGCUCCACACAGCUGAACAAUCAAAGUUCUUGUCCCCUGCCGAAAUCAAGAAGAGUCGCUGGCCAAAGAGGCGCAGGAGCAAGCGAGGUCAGAGGGAACAAACAGCGAGGAGUCCACAGGUGUCCAGAAGAGUCGGCGAGAAAAAUCUGUGUCGCAAAGUAGACCUACAUGUGGACUUCAACCAAAUCGGUUGGGGAUCCUGGAUCAUCUUCCCAAAGAAAUAUAAUGCUUACCGGUGUGAGGGGACCUGCCCAGGACCCCUCGGAGAAGAUCUGAACCCCACCAACCACGCGUACAUGCAGAGUUUACUGAAACACUACCAUCCGGACAAAGUGGUUGCACCCUGCUGUGCCCCCACCAAAACAAGCCCACUCAGCAUGUUGUACUAUGAAAACGGAGAGAUGCUGCUCAGGCAUCAUGAAGACAUGAUCGUGGAUGAGUGCGGCUGCCAGUAAAGGACACCAAAUGCUCCACAUUGCUGCAAAG